GGAGGCGGGGGCGGCGGCGGCAGCGGCAGCUGGGGAGCUGAGGCGCUGCGUUUGAGAGGUCCCAGGCGCGUCUGCGGCUCCGGGUCCGUCACCCUCCGCCUCUUUCAUCCCAGUCUUCGUGCCGGGUGCCGCGGCUGACAAGGGCGCUAACCUUGGGAACCCCGAGCACACCGGUGACUGCUUCCGACACCGCCCUCCUUCCCCUUCCAGCCGCGGGCCUCUCUAGGUGCUAGGCGACUCUGUGGGGAGGCGGCGGCGACGGCUCCGUGGCGUUCUGUUGAGGAGUCCUCACGUCCAGCCUUGCUUCUCCGCCGGGCCCUGCAGGGGCCGAGAGAGCGCGGCUUCUGCCCUUCCUCUCGCCUUUUUCGUCUGUCGGUUGGAGCAGCGUCGGCGCGGGAGGUCUCUGGACAGAGGCGGCGGUAGCUCCUCCGGCUCCAUCAUGUCCGCGGGCGGAGACUUCGGGAAUCCGCUGAGGAAAUUCAAGCUGGUGUUCCUGGGGGAGCAGAGCGUUGGAAAGACAUCCUUGAUCACCAGAUUCAUGUAUGACAGUUUUGACAACACCUAUCAGGCAACAAUUGGGAUUGACUUUUUAUCAAAAACAAUGUACUUGGAAGAUCGAACAAUCAGGCUGCAGCUGUGGGAUACUGCGGGUCAGGAACGUUUCCGUAGCCUCAUUCCCAGUUACAUCCGUGAUUCUGCUGCAGCCGUAGUAGUUUACGAUAUCACAAAUGUUAACUCAUUCCAGCAAACUACGAAAUGGAUUGAUGAUGUCAGAACAGAAAGAGGAAGUGAUGUUAUCAUCAUGCUAGUAGGAAAUAAAACAGAUCUUGCUGACAAGAGGCAAGUGUCAAUUGAGGAGGGAGAGAGGAAAGCCAAAGAGCUGAAUGUUAUGUUUAUUGAAACUAGUGCAAAAGCAGGAUAUAAUGUAAAGCAGCUCUUCCGACGUGUUGCAGCAGCAUUGCCUGGAAUGGAAAGCACACAGGACAGAAGCAGAGAAGACAUGAUUGACAUAAAACUGGAAAAGCCUCAGGAGCAACCAGUCAGUGAAGGAGGCUGUUCCUGCUAAUCUCCCCCAGCAUCUUCAGCCCUUCUCCAGAAGCUCACUGCUUUGGUCCCCUUACUCUUUCAUUGACUGCAGUGUGAAUAUUGGCUUGAACCUUUUCCCUUCAGUAAUAACGUAUUGCAAUUCAUCAUUGCUGCCUGUCUCGUGGAGAUGACCUAUUAGCUUCACAAGCACAAAAAAGUCAGUGUCUUCAUUAUUUAUGUUUUACAAAAAGCCAAAAGAUUUCAGCAUAUUCCAGUAAUAACUUUAAAAAUUAGGUACAUUUUCUUAACAUUGUUUUCCUUUUUUAAUGUUAUGAUAAUAUACUUCAAAAUGAUGAAAAUCUCAACAGUAUGAGUAUGGCUUGGUUAAGGAGCAGUAUGUUCACAGCAGCACUUGCCUACCUACAUGAUCUUUCCCUUCCUUUCUCAACUCUUCCGUUCCCUAUUCUCACCCUCCCUUCCUCAAAACAAACAAUGUGGCAAAGCAGCCAUAAGACCAAGCCCAUUGGAAUUAUCUUUCAAUUUUAGGAAUACCACUUCUAUUAGGCCUUUUGGGCCAAAAUGUCCAAAAUAAUUCUUGAGCACUGAUACAGAUUACUUAACCUUCUUUGAGGUCAAAACUUAGUUAUCAUAGUGGGCAGUGCUUCAAUAAGAAAAGGGUUCUGAUACAUCUUCAAAAUGAGUCCUAAUGAACAUACUGAGUACUUAUAAGUAGAGGAACAUAAAAUGUAUUUCUGACCACAACAAAUGACCCUUUCACAUGUGCUUAAUUAGACUCUGGGAGAGAGAUGUGAACAAAUGCUUCGGUAUAGGUUUUUAAUAUUUAAUUCUUUAUUGUGAAAAUCACAAAGUCGUCCUGAACUAUUGCUCCCAAGAUUUUACAGUUUUCAAGUUACAGCUAUUACUGUUUGUUAGAAAAACCUUUUAAAGCAAUAGAUUUCUCUUGGGUUUUCUUUCUUUCUUUCUUUUUUUAAAUGCUGUGCAGGCAAGGCCCUUUUGAAGAACCACCAGUGGAAGAAUUUUAAUUUGGCACCAUGAUCAAAACUAGUAUAACUAAUAGAAACAGUGAUAUCUAAAGCUUACCAGUAAAGAACCUUCAGCAGAAUAGCAGAUACUUUACUCAGGACAUUUGAGGUCAAAUUGAAGAAGGAAACAGUUUUUUCUUUUUUGUUUGUUUUUAAUAGGCAGAUUUGAAAAAGCAUACAGAGAAGAGGGGAAAGAGAAUGGAAAUAAAAUUUAAUAUUAUGCAGACUUAUGCCUUAUUUUUUAGUUUUUCUUUUAUUUGUUGGGUUGGUCAGGCUGGUUUUGUCUUUUAUUAGAUCUGUAGAUCUGUAUAGUUUGGAUAAUUAACUAGUGAUUUAGUUUUAUAUUUAAGCUACAAUUAAUCUUUUUUCUUUGGUGAUAUUUAUUUCUUUGCCUUUUUUUUUUAACUACUCAAUUUUUGGACGUUUUGUUCAGUACUUAGUGCUUGAUCACCGUGGCAAUAUGUAUUUCCCUUAAAACACUGUAAACACAUAUACUAGGAGUGUACCCUUUUAAUCUUUACUAGUUGUUGUGAGAUUGCUGUGUAAGUUAAUAAACACAUUUGUAAAUACAUUGUUUGCAGGAAGAAAAUUCCUGAGUUACAGCUCAGGAAUGUCCUGUUAAAUUUAUGUUGUAAGCAUUACUUAACACAGUAUAAAGGUGAAAAGACAACAAAAAUAUCUUCAUACUUCCUCAUCCCCUCAUUGCAACAAAACCCUUUACCUGGGAACCUUAUUCCCCUCGCUUUCUUCGUCCUCCUCCACUUCCCACUUAUUGUCACCUUGUAAUAUUCAGAGAGCACUUGAAUUAUUGACCUGAAUAGAGAAAUGUUUUCAGAUACUCAUUAGCCCACAUACCAGUAACUUAUGCUCAAAGACAAGAUGGAGUUGUAAAGUGCUUUUAUAAUGCAAUAUUAAUUGUUAAAGGCAAGGGUUGGCUCUUUUGUUUUAUUUUGACAUGGCAUGUCCUAAAAUAAAUAUCAAUUCAAUAUGG